UGAGACAAAUUCGCCGAGAAUAUAGUUUCCCUUGCUCGAGACAAAGCGAGAAUAUGUACUCCCUGCCUCCUGGAACGCUUCGGACUCGGAGACCUACCUCGGCGAUUUGUAACUUUGCUUUCCAUGGGCAGGCUCGUACGGGUAUUCUCCAUAUCCGGGGCCUUCCCCACAUGUGGCAAAUCCGCGAUCUCUGCUCUUUCCAUCCAUCCACCACCAUCGAAAUGUCAGGAAAAGCUGCUCUCCUCCAAAAGCACGACGACGACGUCGUCAUCGUCAGCGCUGUGCGUUCUGCCAUCACCAAGGGCAAAAAAGGUGGCUUUAAGGACACCAAACCGGAGCUUAUCCUCUCGCACGUCCUCCGCGCUGCCUACACGAAGGCAAACCUCGACCCCAAGCUCAUAGAGGACAUCUCAGUCGGCAACGUCCUUCCUCCCGGUGGUGGAGCUUCAGCAGCUCGCAUGGCCGCCCUCCACGCUGGAAUCCCCGUCGAAACCUCGAUCAACACCGUCAACCGUCAAUGCUCUUCAGGUCUGACCGCCAUCAACCAGAUUGCGAACCAGAUCCGCGUUGGACAGAUUGACAUUGGUAUUGGUGCUGGUGUCGAGUCGAUGACCCACGGCUACGGUGCUGCUGCCGCUCCCGAUGUCUCGGAGGAGAUCCUCGAGAACCAGGACGCCGCUGACUGCCUCUUGCCCAUGGGCAUCACCUCGGAGAACGUCGCCAAGGACUACGGCAUCUCUCGUCGCGUCCAGGACGAAUUCGCUGCCGCCUCGUUCCAGAAGGCUGCUGCUGCCAACAAGGCCGGCAAGUUCAAGGACGAGAUUGUACCAAUCACCACCAAGAUCUUCGACCCGAAGACGGAGAAGGAGACGACAAUCGUUGUUGACCAAGACGAUGGCAUUCGGGAUGGUGUCACUGCUGAGAGCUUGUCGAAGCUGAAGCCUGCGUUCUCGAAGGAUGGUUCGACCCAUGCUGGUAACGCGUCCCAGGUGUCCGACGGUGCUGCUGCUGUUCUCCUCGCCCGCCGAUCUGUGGCCAAGCGCCUCGGCCUGCCCAUUGUCGGUAAAUUCGUCAACGCUGCCGCCGUCGGUGUCCCUCCACGCAUCAUGGGUGUGGGCCCUGCGUACGCCAUCCCACGGGUGCUUGACCUGGUUGGCAUCACUCUGGACGACGUCGACUUCUACGAAAUCAACGAGGCCUUCGCUAGCCAGGCCGUCUUCAGCGUACAACACCUGAAGAUUCCCUUCGAGAAGGUCAACCUGAAUGGCGGCGCCAUUGCCAUCGGCCAUCCUCUCGGCUGCACCGGUGCUCGCCAGGUGGCAACUGGCCUCAAUAUCUCGAAGCAAACUGGCAAGAAGGUCUUCGUCACCAGCAUGUGCAUCGGCUCCGGUAUGGGUAUGGCUGCUGUUUUCGUCAGUGAGCAAUAAA